GAAACGUUUACUAUACUGCCUGCACGUUUGUUGCGUUUAUGUGCGAGUACGGCGUCAUUGUGUUCUUGGUAAUAAACGCGUUAUUACUGAAAUCAGUCAGAACACGUCUGGAUUCAGAAAAAUAUCUGCGUGCGCGUGACCGUCAAUCGGCUCCACGCGACCCGUCGGGGACCCAAAAUAAUCACUGUGACAGAUAUAAAAAAAAAAAAACAAUCGUAGCAAAGCAACUUUUUUACUAGGUAUUUUGUGUAGGCCGCAACAAAAUGGGUCAAAUGAAUGGUUAAGGCGGUCUCUUAAAUCAUGAGCUCAUUGUUUGGUUUAUCUCCUAGAUACGGGGCGAAAUGUGGUAACUUUUAGAAGGCAAACUGUAUGUGGCUGCAGAGGUAGUCGAAAAUUGUAGACAAACAGGCAAAACAAUUUAGUGAAGCAAAAUGUAACAAGCAACAUUAUCUUGUAAUAAUUGAAGGCAUCAGGUAACGUUCGUACUAUAUGCAUCGAGUGAAGUUAUAUAUGUGUAUAAUAUAUAAAUGUUUUCAAGGCCAUGCCCCUUUGCCAUAGAACAUACAAUAUCAUACAACAAAGAAAUAUAUUACCCUCUGGAGUUAGACUAACUUAAACCCCAAACUACAAAUGUCAUGCAGGAAUGGAUGAUGAUGCACCCAAUGAGGCCCUAGCUGAGUUCAAGACAAAGCCCCUUGGAGGAUGGGGUGUUGCUCAGAUAGCUGUCGGCACGGGCCUCACCGUGUAUGCCGUAUGGGUGGGAAUCCUCCAGCCGGGCUUCCGAAAAGUCCCUUUGAGGCUACAGGUCCCUUACAUUCCUGCCAGCAAAGCACAAGUAGAUCAUGUAAUGUCAUUGUUCAAAGGUCGAAAGGGAGCCCUCGUGGAUUUGGGAUCUGGGGAUGGCCGCAUUGUUUUGGAAGCACAUCGCCAGGGUUUCACUCCUGCUGUUGGCUAUGAGCUCAACCCUUGGCUGGUUCGCCUGGCCAACUUUCAUGCCUGGAGAGCAGGCCAUCGCGAUGCAGUGUCGUACCGGCGGGAAGAUCUCUGGAAGGUCGACUUGACGGAAUGUAAGAAUAUCACAGUAUUUUUGGCUCCUAGUGUGCUUUCCUUGCUGCAGAAGAAGUUGGAGAAUGAGCUUUCUGAUGAUGCUUUAGUAGUAGCUGGUCGUUUUCCCUUCCCUGACUGGACACCCUGCAGGAUUGAGGGGCAUGGUGUGGACAGAGCCUGGGCGUAUAGCAUGCAAGCACAAAGGCAGCUCAAGAAAAACGACAAGCUCAUGGAAAGCAACCUCAACAAUGAACUUACCAAGUAGAAAGGAUCCACUUGAAGAAACAUGGCUGUUUCCAGUCUUUUGCACUUUAUUAUGGUAAGAUUAAAUCAUCAAUCCUGUUUAUGGGAUGAAAAUACUAUUUUCUUGGAAACUAAGAAUAUUGAUUUGUGAGUUGGAAUUUUUAAUUUUUAUCAGCAAUGUUUGAACCAAGUUUUAACAAAGGCAUUUCUUGAGAACUCAGCACAUGUGUAAGGCAUGUUACCUGCCUGGGGGAGAAAUUUUAAAUAUAUUCUAUCAUCUAUGAUAUUGUCUACUUUGCUCAGUAUAUGCCACAGAACCGUUUAUUUAUUUAAUUUGUUCAUAAUUAUUAUUAUCACUUUAAUAUAUCUUAUACAUACCUAUAUAUAGUUAGACAGCUUCUGUGGAAAUUUUGGAUUCCAUGAUGCAGCUCAUUUUCUACAGGUAGGAUGAAGACAAAAUUAAAAUACUCUUGCGUGUGAUGUCAAAAGCACUUAGUGCUGUGGAAAUGUUUUCAUCUCAACAAGUGUGCAAUUUAUGUCUCGAGGCCCUGGAUGUGGAAGGUGACUAUUGUUUUUGCAUUGGUUCAAAUUCAAUUUUGGCUAAAAUUCAAUAUUGGUUAAUGGUGACUAAACGUGUCAUUGUUUUAAUAAAUUGUGUUUUGAAUGUA